UACUUCGAAUAUACAAUGAAAUCGCCAGAACAUGUCGAUUUGCAAUGACCCUCUCAAGUUCUCUUUUGUCCUUUUUGUCAGAACCCUCUCAAGUUCUUUAACACGAAGAAUUCGGAACCCCGUUAUAUGAAUCAGCCAGUACUUUUGGACGUGUAAUGGAAAAUCGGCUAGUAUAACAUGCCAAACUCCUUACAAUUGUAUAUAGUCGGCCAAAAAGUCAAACUUUCCCCUGAACCUUCCAGUUCCAAAUAUUCUACGAACAAGAAACCGCUUUGUCUGAUUCCUUCCUUCCGUGCGCGAACGAAAAACUGCUUACUCCUCUGGCCUCCCCGAGCGAAAAAACUCUCAACGGCCUUCGGGACAUAUACGAUGUCAACGGAGAUCGAGGUCGUCGAGGAAUUCCUGCCGGCCGCCGUCGAGUCCUACUGCAGCGGCGGAGCUGGCAAGGACAGGUCGAGGAACGAUGUGUAUGCUGCGGCCGCGUACGGCGACAUGGAGAAGCUCAGGAGGCUCGUGGAGAUGGAGGGAUGUUCAGUGUGCGAGCCAGAUGGGCUUGGUUAUCAUGCCCUGCAAUGGGCUGCUCUGAACAACAGAUGUGUCGCUGGUCAAUACAUCAUCCAGCAUGGUGGAGAUGUAAACGCAGUCGAUCACACUGGGCAGACAGCAUUGCACUGGAGUGCAGCACGAGGUGCUAUCAAGGUAGCAGAUCUUUUACUUCAAGAGGGUGCUCGGGUUAAUACUGCUGACAAGUGCGGGUAUCAGGCAACACAUGUUGCAGCUCAGCAUGGUCAUACUGCUUUCCUUUAUCAUAUUAUCUCAAAAUGGAAUGCAGACGCUGAUGUUCCUGAUAAUGAUGGAAGAAGUCCUUUGCACUGGGCUGCUUAUAAAGGUUUUGCCGAUUGUAUACGUCUUCUCCUAUUUCUAGAUGGUUAUGUUGGACGCAAGGACAAAGAGGGGUGCACUCCUUUGCAUUGGGCCGCUAUUCAGGGGAACUUGGAGGCGUGUGAGGAAUUAGUAAGGGUUGGCAAGGAGGAAUUGAUGGUGACUGAUAAUACUGGCCUUACACCAGUUCAGCUUGCAUCUGAUAGGAAUUACCAACAAGUUGUGCAUUUCCUUGAAAAUGCCCGAAAGCAGCUUGAUCAGAAGAUUUAUAGGAAUAGUGGCUUUGGGAAGUUUUUCAAUCUUGGGUUCGCGCCCCUUCUGUGGGUCAUAAUUCUCUUGCUACUGGCAACCUACACAAACUCCAUCAUAAUGGGAUCAGAUCUGCCAAAGUUAAGAUCUGGUUUUGGCUUUCUUGCGUGGCUGGGUGCUGUCCUAGCAAGUACUGGACUUGUCACGCUUUACAGGUGCAGCAGCAAGGAUCCAGGAUACAUCAGAGUGAGCGCGCAUGAUCAAAAGAUUAUGACAGACAAUGAACCACUGUUGAAGAUUGAGAUAAAUAAUCCUGCUUUGCUUGCUGGCAACUGGUCUCAGCUCUGCACAACAUGCAAGAUUGUGAGGCCUCUCCGUGCAAAACAUUGCUCCAUUUGUGACCGCUGUGUUGAACAAUUCGACCAUCAUUGCCCUUUGGUAUCCAACUGCAUUGGCAAGAAGAACAAGUGGGAUUUCUUUGUAUUCCUAGUUUUAGAAGUUUUGGCUAUGUCAAUUACUGGUGCAGUUGCUCUUACAAGAGUUCUGGGUGAUUCAGCUGCACCAUCCUCUUUUGGUGCUUGGUUGAAACAUGCUUGUAGCCAUCACACCGGUGCUAUGUCAUUUCUCAUCGCCGAGCUUUUCCUCUUUUCAGGUGUUGCAGCAUUUACAGCUUUGCAAGCAUAUCAGAUUUCUCGUAAUAUUACCACGAACGAGAGGGAGAACUCUAUGCGCUAUAGCUACCUCAGGGACCUUGGUGGCAGAUUCCGGAACCCCUAUGACCAUGGUUUUAGGAAGAAUUGUUUGGAUUUUUUGCUCAACGGAUGCAAUGGAGAUGCGGAAUAUAUUGCAGACUGGGCUGGUUCUGAGGGCAUUGGCAUGACGGUUAUGGCAAGGAGAUCAGAUCAAGAAUAUGAUCAGUAGAUGUGAAUCUGAAAGAAGCAGAAGAAAGAAAAACAAUGGUCACUGCGAGACUUCUCGAGACAUCUUAUGGCAGCUGCACUGGUGAAAUCUCAGUUUCGACAGAUUGGUCCGCUCUAUGGAAUCAUCAUGGUGCUGAGUUCAAAGCUGGAAGAAGCUGAAGCUGCGUCACGGUUGCAUCAGAAAUACAUCUGCUAAGCUCAUAGAAUUCAAUAGCUAUUGGCUUACUGAGUGAUAUCAAAGUUGUGGGUUGCGCAUACGUAGGUCCUGUAUGAUUGUUGUGUUCUGCGGUGGAAGGUGGGUCAUACUGUUCAUGAAGCUUUCUGUGUGAAGCAGAUGAAACUGAUGCGGGCCAUGAAAAUCACAAGAUGAAUACCCAGAGGUUGCUUAGCGAAAAUCUAGGUGUCAACAACAGGACCUGUAAAUACCCGCUUAAGAAAAAAGUAGGCUUGUUUCA